AUGCCCGUCACUCAUCUGGCCAUACCGUCUCAUACCUCGUCUAAUGUGCUUUCUACCUCAAUAACAUCGACCUUGGUAAAUUCUCCCGGUGGAGAACCUGUGUUCUCAUUUGCUCAACUGGAAGGAAAGCCACCAGCGGAGCAGCUAGACCUCCUGAACAGACAGUUGGUGUUGGAGAAUCGAAUAAAAGAGGGAGCUGAGAAUUUGUUAAACAUGGGCCUUCCUGAUACUCCGCGGUUUCAAGUGGAAUCUGAAUUGGAAACGGCGAAGAGUAAAAUAAGUGCGAUAACGAAGAGAAUUGAGAUACAGACCUCCCGGCUACGGGCAAAACGGAAAGGUAGAACGCCAAAUGGUUCCGCUACAGGUGUCAAACUCGACGAUAAAGGCGGCGAAGAUUUUAGGACUGCACUCCAGAAUGCGACAAAUCACAUAAGGGAUCUAGAAUCUCUUACCCGUUCAGAGUCAUCACAGUCCUCACCGUUGCCAUCUUCCUCCUCGUCUAAAUCCAAUCAGUCAGCUCCCAAUGAUUUAAGCCACCAAAGAAUUGAAAUCAUGGGGAAACUUAUUGAUAUUCUUCGGCGAAAUAUGCGCGUACGGUACGAACUAGACUUCGGGGAAGUUCUCCACGCCAUCCUGCCUUGUUUUGCAGACAAAUGCUCCAAGCAGUGUCGUGCUGCAGCGUAUAGAGUCGUUCGCUACUCUCUCGUCGACGAAGAAACUGUAACGCGCUUAGGUGUAUCGUUGGACUGGUAUUUUCUAAAGACACUUCUCCGUGAUAAUAAACAUGCAGUAGAAAAGGAACAGGCACUUAAACUGAUUCGCGCUAUUGUUGAGGUCGGCACAACGCGACGCGAUUCAGAAACCAAAAGUGGGCCAGGAAUCGUGCCACUAUCCGAAACCGUUGUACGCUCUGUUGUCGCUGUUGCAGAACAUCCAGAAGAUCCUUUCCGCCUUAUCUGUAUUCAGACACUCGCCGAAAUUUUGAUCAUUGAUAUCGACCUUGCUGCAAGGACGGACGUAAUACGAUUCUUGCUCCACGUCCUUGGAGAGGGUCCUGUCGAAAUAACUCCAAUCUUGGCUUCCGUGUUUUUACACCUGGUGGAUUCUCCAAGGACUCGUGCUUAUCUUCAAGUUGGAAGUGACUUGGAGCUCGCAUUGACUGCGAUAACAGACGCGUAUGGAAAGGGUCCAGAUCAUGCUGAUCGUAUGAGAAGUUGUGCUAAGGUUGUGCAGCUAAUGCUGCGGACAUGGAGCGGACUAAUGUUUUACUGUGCGGAUGAUAUGCGGGCUAUACGUUCUCUUAUCAAUACCCUUCAGAUACCCUCUCUUGAGACUCGUGAAAUCAUUCUGGACAUGUUUUUUGAUCUUCUGAAUAUCAAGACACCGGCUUGGUACCAAACUUUUAUUGACGGAAGACGUUUAACCAUGUACAGAAAGUCAAGGGAUGCUGCUGACUACCAACCCGAUAUCGAAAGAAACACUCAAACCCUGAAACUAACGGAUCAAUAUCUUGCACUGCUUGUCGCCAUACUAACAAAAGCUGGAUUGCUUCAAGCUCUUACGGCGAUGCUGGAAGAGUCAACGACAGGCACCAAUUUAACUCGAAAGGCGACAUUAUUAAUGGCAGAAGUUUUAGCAAUGGCAAACCGUGUUCUUCCACUGUCACUGGCAGCUAAAAUUCAAGCUAUGCCGGAUGUUUUUUUAAUGGCAACAGACUACAAACAAGGAGAGAACCGGAUAGUAGGCACGACAGCAUUGUCGGCAAUUGAUAGCUUUAACCGCAACAGAACGCGAUUGGAACCUAAUCCACCUGUUAAGGGAUCUCGACAAAGAGCCAACUCGGUUGAAGAUGCCGUUCGCCGCGGUCAAAGACAAGUAGAGCAAGUCAAACUUAAAAUGAGCAUGCAAAUGGAUGAUAAAACCUUCCAAGCUUCACUGUUGGAAACUCUGGUCAUGACCACAAAAGAUCAUUUGAAAUGGAAUUUUGAUACCUUGCAAGAACUCAUCGAAGGUCCUUUGCUGAAUCCCAAGCGGAUGGAAGAGGCCAUCAAAGUGUCAAGAUUCGUUCGACGGCUGAUGUCCUUUUUCCACCCUUUCAGUCACAGGUUCUCCGACAUAAAAAGGACGCGGGCAAGCACACGCUGGGUGCGCCUAGGGUGCUCCCUGCUAACAACUCUAAUGGCAAGCCCUGAUGGUGUCAGAUAUCUUUCAACAGAAGAUCAGUUCUUGACUCAGAUAGUCAAGAGUUUCGCUCAGCUAGAUCCUUUUAAUGGAGUACCAGACUCUGAUCCAAUCUUCUCCAAAAAGCGCGUGGCUGAGACACUUACCUAUGGUUACCUGGAAAUGCUCGGCACUUUGAGCAAAUUUAAAGAUGGCAUUGAGCUUUUGGAGAAAUUCAAAGUGUUUACCGCAUUUUACCAUCUGAGCGAACUUAGAAGUAGGGAAGACUUGAUUAAAGGCAUUAUCGAGAACCUGGAUUAUAGCAUUGAUGGACAUCCUCGGAUAGUGUUAUCCAAAGCCCUUACUUCAAGCUACAAGCAUAUCAGAUUGUAUGCGACGAAGCAUCUAGGUUCCUUAAUCAGAUCAUCUCCAAAUGCAAACGCUUGGACAUUGCGCCUUCUCCUGACUCAACUGUACGACCCUGCCCCUGAAGUCUGCGAACUCGCAGUAGAGUAUCUGGAAGAAGCUUGUGACUCGAAAGAAAUUCUGCAAUUAGUGGUUGAGAUGCAGCCUACGAUGGACCAUUUAGGCGACAUUGGCCAUCGACUAUUGCUGAAAUUUAUGUCUACACCUAUGGGCUUCCGUUACUUAUAUGACGCAGGAUAUAUUGACCGGGAAAUGGAAUCUUGGUUCAACGAACGCAACAUUGAUUACGUUGUAGAAGUGGAGGUCUUUCUUUCAAAGGUGUUCAAUCUUUCAAACUCUGACGACGCCGAUGAUCUUCUUGAGUUUGAUGGAACAGUUCCCGCUCAUUUCUACGGAGAAAUGGCCAAGACCGAACUCGGGUGCCAGGUUCUCCAAGAGAAGGGCCACUUUUCGGAAUUUGCACAAUUUAUCAAGCAUCACAGUCACGAAAACGAAGAUGUAGACCUUAUUCUCAAGCUGAAGAGUAUCUUGUGGGCAGUAGGCAAUGUGGGUGCAACCGAAGGAGGUCUGCACUUCUGCGAAGAAGAAGAAAUCAUACCAGCCAUUCUAGAAAUUGCAGAAAAUUCUCCCAUUCCUUCGGUCAGAGGAACGUGUUUCUUCAUCCUGGGCCUUAUUUCAUCUACAUCUCAAGGUGCUGAAAUCCUUGAUGAUUAUAAUUGGGAAGCAACUUUGUCUCCUCUUGGGAUGCCUACAGGACUCUGUAUUCCAGCCGACAUUGACAGAUUUAUCUUUUUACCCCCAUGGAAGGCCACGACACCCAGUAAACCCGAUAAUCGGCUUCUACUCCCAAUAUCUGAACCAGAGAUUGAAACGAUUACCGCUAUCCAGAAUCUGGCUAACACUGUAAUCGCCAAUGCAGCAUCACGGUCAUUAGCCAGAAUAAAGUCUCGCCCUGAAACCCGCGCCAUAUUUUCUUCACCAGAGAUGUUCUACAGAGCUUUGCAUAUAAUGUCGACGCAGCGUUAUCGCCUUCCUGUCCGCCGCUACAUUGUGGAGCUUUUUAAUCAAGAACUAAAUGAAGAUCUAGUGGCUGCACUCUCUGACGCCGCGAAGAGACUAAAACCUUCUCCGUCCUAUAAACCGCCGCGGACUGACACGAUUCGCAUGAGUGUAUUCGGACGAGCUGGUAAAUCUCGUGGACAAUCAGAGAGCGACGAAUCGGACGAAGAUGACGAUAUAGACGCCCUCCCAGCCCAAACUAAGCCGGCGGUGGAGCAACCAAUGAUCACACUUGAGCCUUUGCAAAAAAUUGUCGGAUUUGAUGUAGAGCUCUAA